UUUGACGUUGACGAUUCAUACAAAUUGACAAUUUGACAGUGACUUGCACUCGGUGAAGUUAUCAAACUUUUAUAGUAGUGAUAACAGGAUUUAGUUGAAAAUUGUGUUUUCUGUUAAUACGUUCUAUUUUGUCAUUUUUAGUUUUUCUCUUUUUACAAAAUGGUUACUCAAAUAAAUAUAAAAGGAUUCGAAGAUUUUGUAAAAUACACAGAUACUAUUGACAGGAAUGGUCCGCCUGUAGUAUUUUACUUUAGCGGUUCGAAAUUACCCGAUGGUAAUAGUUGGUGCCCUGAUUGUGUCGAAGCUGAACCAAUCGUCAAGGCCUAUUUAAGUGAACUCAACAAGAAUAUCAUAUUUGUAUAUGUGGAUGUUGGUGAAAGAGAAUACUGGAAAGACAGAGCCUGCCCAUUCAGGACUGAUAGCCGUUCGAAGUUGAUGGUAAUACCUACAUUGAUUAAAUGGGGCAGUGUACAAAGAUUAGAAGGCUCGCAGUGUGGACAGCGAGACUUAUUGCAAAUGUUAUUUGAAGAUGACGAGUGAACUUUAUUUGCUUUAUUACCCAUGAAAACAGUAUAUGCAUAUUUAAUAUGUUUGUGAAGCGUCAUAUAUUCUGAUGUAAAUAUGAAAACAUUAAUAUGUAAAUGUAAGAAUAUAUUAUUUAAUAAAGAUAUUUCAUAAAA